AUGCCGGAAGGAUCGCACGACCGAAGCCUCCUGCGCCGAGUGAUUGAAGCCGCCCUCUUCCGCGAGGACAAUCACUACCCACCUAUGGCUGCCCACGCGGCUGCUGCAGCUGAGCGCAGUGGGAUGCCAGACGUGGAAGCAGGCAAGCGCUUCACCCUUCCCGUGAAUGAUCCAGAUCACCUCAUUCCGCCAAACAACAAGCUCCUGAUCUUUCGCGCGCUGACCGGUAUCGACAGUGUGCCUGCUCUUACCUCGGGCGGCCAUUUACUUCGUACCGCGCCCAACGUCGGCAUCUAUACGCGUGUUCCGCCGCCGUCACUGCCGUUGGAGCAGCUAGCCGGCCCACACUCUGCCGUCACAGCGUUCGGUGCCAUCAACACGAUCAUGGCCGGGAUCCUGACCUAUCUUCGCGGGUCCGGACUUCCAGAUCGUCUCAAGGCCUACCAAAACAAGUGGAAGAACAUUCGAGAGUACAUCGAGCAACGUGAACGAGAAUUCUGUUUAGUCGGCUGUGAUCUUGACGUACAAGAAGAAGUCUUCAUCGUGGAGAGUAUGUACCAGAGUGUCAAAUCGGAGAUGGAAACAACCAAGAGCACAGGCGAUGGGAGGUCUCAGCAGCCGGAUGAUCCACGUAUCCGUCGCUCCCUGCUUCCGUCUUCCCACGAACUUAGUGGACAGCGAGCCGCUACGACCCCGUCGAAACGAGCAGAGGUGGUGUGCUCUCACCAUUCUCGCGAUGAUGAGGCUGUCAGUCCAAUCACUAUUCCCGAGAAGACCGCGUAG